AGUUUCAAAAUUUUACGAGCUGCGCGAAAGGCAAAGCAGAUUAGCAGAAUGCAGAAUUCACGUUUGCUUAGUGCGGUAUGGCUGAAUGUCUCCGCAAAACGAGCUUUUAGUUCCACUACCAAAGCUACUCAAAGGUUUUAUGAGUACAGAACUUACACGAUUAAGCCAAAACACUUCAAUCAGUUUAUUCAACUUACAAAUGAGCAUAUUCAUUUGAGGACAGCGCAUUCAAAGCUGUUAGGUUAUUGGGUAUCAGAAUAUGGAGGCCUAAAUGAAGUAAAUCAUAUAUGGCAGUAUGACAAUCAUGGUCAUAGAACAGCUGUCAGAGCAGCUUUGGCAAGUGAUGAAAAUUGGUUGUCAAGUUACAUUACUAAAGCAUUGUCAAUGAUUGAGAAACAGGAUAAUGCCAUCUUGUAUCCAUUUUCCUGGUAUAAUGUUGUUGAAAAACCAAUUCUAGAACAAGGUGUGUACGAAAUGCGACAGCAUACUGUACUUCCUAGUAAAUUGGCCCAGUUCUCACACCGGUUCCAGCAAGGUGUUGAAGAUCGAAAUAAAUACUCCCAACUGAUUGGUAUAUGGUACAGCGAAUUUGGAGAAUUAAAUCGAGUUUAUCACCUGUGGCAUUAUCGUACUCCAGAUGAACGUAUGAAGAUCAGAGAGACAGCGGAAAAGGAUGAAAUGUGGAGUGAAACCAUUCGUGAUUGCAAGUUGUUUUUAUCGUCGAUGAGUUCCAAACUGUUGGUUCCCACAAAAUUUUCACCGUUGAAAUGAUUAAGUGAAGUUAUGAAAUAACCAGUAUACUCGUGAUGAACCUAUAUGCUUUCACGAACGUUUCGAAUGGUUUCAUAUAAAUUAACGAAGUAAAGGGAAAUGCGAAGUUUCUUUGAUGUUCCUAUUUUCUAAUCAAUAUGGUAUACUGGCAUAGGCGUACGAGACAGGGGACGAAUUCGGGCAAAGUUCAGCCAAAAAUUCGGGCAAACUGAAAAAGAGUUACAUAGCUCAAAUUUUUAAAACCAAAUUUUGUAAUAUGUAUCACAUAUUUGUAUUCUAUUUCGCCAUUUUUGUCACACUUUCUUGAAAGCACAUCGACCGCUU